UCGUCUUUGGGAUUGACUUCAGACAGGUGUGUCCGGGCCCCAUGCCGUGGCUGCUGUCCUCUGCGCUGGACCAUGUGUCCUCGUCCCCGUCCCAGCGCCAGUGCGAGCAGACGUCCUUCUCCUUCUACUGCGCCGUGCGGGAGCGGCUCCCCGCCUGGCUGCUGGAGGACAUGCGCAGCAUGGAAGUCUUCAGCUGGGAGGACGGGCGCCCGCGCGCCUUCCUGCCGUCCGAGGCGCUGCUCUACGCCCUGGUGCACGACCACCAGGACUACGCCCGCCACCUGCUGGACACGUUCUCCGUGAGCGCGCUCCGAGCGUCGCGCUGCAGCUUCUGCAGCCGCCGCAGCAGCGGAGCGCCGCACCUCCGUGUGGCCGUGCGGUACGACCGCGUGGCGGUGCUCGGCAUGAUGCUGGCGGCGCUGCAGCGCGCCGACGCGCUGACGGACCACCUCGACAGCUGCGGCGGCUGCUCGCACGUGGCGGACGCCGGGAAGACGGCGGUGCAGCUGGCGGUGGAGCUGUCGCGCCCCAACUGCCUGCUGCUGCUGCUGGCGCGCGGUGCGCGGCCGGGUGCCCUGGACGCCGCGCUGCAGAGACUCGGGUCCUGCGAGGACGCCGAGCGCAGCGACGCCCAGCGCUGCCUCGACGUCCUGCUGCUCUUCCUGCCCGAGCCGGCGACGCGGUGGCAGCUGCAGGACGAGCCGCGCCGCUGGCAAAGCCUGCUGGGAAACAGAGUGUUCAGCUGGCUGAGUGGCCUGGCCCCGCCCCCCCUGCUGCUGCAGGCCCUGCGCUGUCUGGCCCGGUCCGGCCCGGAUCAGAUCUGCACGCUGCCGGACUUCCUGCAGCCACAGAGCUGGCAGUGACCUCGCAGGUCACCAUGGAAACCACACCGUAGGACUGCUGCGAUUGGACAGUGAAAUGUAAAUAAAGACUAAAACCUGAACAACGAUGAGUCGGCUGCACCAACGGGCUUUAGGACCCUGAGGAGCCUGAAGGGGUCUAGAGAUAAAGA